AUGCUUCUGAACAAUAUCCGGACGUUCUACCCCAAGAUUGACAUAAAACGCGUUCCGACUGCGAAAUGGUUCACGAUUCUCCUCUACACCCGCGCGAUUAUUCUUGACCGGUUCUUGAAUAAGGCUUGGAAUACUAGGAACUCAGACGGCCCAGCGAAAUGGUUGGCAUUUCACACUUCUUGCAGCCCGUCUUUCGAUCCGUUCAACACACUUUUUCAGCUUUUCAUCCUUGAGACCCCUGAUCUCGCAUAUGCCUUUUUGAGGUCCUUUACAACGGGCCAUCUCGAUAGGCUAGUCAAAGACGAUAAAAGACGUCUGUACUACUGUAUAUAUGAGGCUCAAUGCGACUUAGAGCAGUGUGAUUUCGAGCUGGUUGAAAAGCCAAUCCCAAUGCUUCGAAUUGAGCUUGCAUGUAUAAUUUCUAACCGGCUCUCGGCGUACCGGAAACCAGAGCCCAAGAACAUUUUCAUCGCAGGCACUUCACUAAGAAUGAACGAAGCAAGUUGUAUUAUACAAGAUGUUAAAAGUUACGAUGAAGCUACAUACAAAUACGUGAUGACUGGCUGCAAAAAACAUGUAGACUUUCCCCUGCUCACCACUGAGGAGGAUUUCAAGAGGCUGCUGAAGCAGCAUGAUAUUCGAGUUCCAGAAGGGUAUUUAACGCACGUCGAAAAGUGGAGUGUGCCACUUCGAGGCCGCUAUCGCUGGUCCGUUCUAUAUAUCGACCGCUUAAAACUCCUUCAAAAUGGGGGCUGGACUCCGAAAGCGAUAGAGAAUGAGGCUCAAAGAACCAUGAGAGAAGCGAAAAUCCAACUUCAGAAGCGGCUCGAAGUACUUGAGAAACAAAAUCAGACUCGGUUAUUGGACCAACUCUGCCAGGUUGCUAUUCAGAGUGAUCUCCUGGACAAGCCAACAAUAUUCGAGGAUGACAAAGACUGCGAGAUGAUAUCGGAGGCUUUCGCAGUCGUGAAACCAAUUGGCAAGGACCAGAAUCAGUACAGGUCGCAAUUGCAGGAACAGCUUGCCUUGGAAGCAGUAAUCGAGUUCUUCCGUGACCGUCGACCCCAGCAAUACGAUGAGAAACUGAGGCGCUUUUUAUUUUCCCAGCAAAAUGACGCGGGCGCGCUAGGGAAGGUGGCAGAGUGGUUCCUGGCUUGGGAGCUGAGGAAAUGUCUGCAUAACUCGCAACGGAUGACGGGGUCUCCAGAAAACAUCUUACAUCGACGUAAAGCCAUUCUUGCUAACCUGGGCAAUGCAGAGAACCUGAAGCAGCGGCACAGGUGUCUCGAAGAUUACUGCUUGUUAGAAGGCGAGAGAACAGGCCACUGCUACGACCAAAGGCUCAAGGACAUCCCGAUUUAUGAGUGGAUGGCAAGUAUCCGGAACGGAAAGAAACCAGCUGCGAGCUUUUACCUUCCUGAUAAUCUUGCCGGACCAGAUAUUCUAUUUGCACUACAACACAGCAAGACGAGUGCGAAGACUCCGGGUGACAGUGUAAUCUUAUUGGGGCCAUCGAUAACGGCCGUCGCAAUUGAGACCACGAACCCGAGAUCCUGGUACACAGGAAAGAAUCCCAAUCUCUGGAGAGACGAACAAAAGAGACAAGCUGAUCUCAACGCUGACAAGCGUACAAGCGAGAAUGAAUAUUUCGUCCGGUUGGACAAGCGUCAGACAGAGAACCUUUUUGGAGCAGCAUUUUUUCGGCUGAUGGUGGCUAUGAAGAACAAGGAGAAGGACGUGAAGAAGCUAGACGAGAUAACACAUGGGAAGAGGGGAAGGAAUAAUCCGGGUCCGGCAGACCCACGGGCGGGUAAGAAGAGCAAGCGAUAA